AUGCAUUCUACCGAGACCAAGGCAGCAAAGUUAACGGCUUUUAGGCUCCGUGAUAUAGCGAUCCUAUGGUAUGAGAGGUGGGAGCAUGCUAGGGGUCCGGAGGCACCUCCAGCGCGUUUGUCUGAGUUUUCAGAGGCCUUUCUUGAUCAUUAUUUACCGUUGGAGAUACGAGAGGUGAAGGUAGAUCAGUUUUUGACUGUCCAGCAAGGUAACUCCAGCGUUCGUGAUUAUUGCCUCCGAUUUGAUUCCUUGGCCAGAUGUACUCCAUCCUUCUUUGAUUCAUCGAGUGCCAGGAUUCACCGGUCACAGCAGCAGAGGGGUCCGGGACAGGCUAGAUCACUACCACAACAGUGUGGUGACUGUGGUAGAGCGCAUCAUGGGCGAUGUCAUUACGGGUCAUGGGUUUGUUAUACCUAUGGCAGCAUAGAUCAUUUCAAGAGGGACUGUCCACAAGGGAGACCUACUGGUAUGACACAGCCAAAAGGUUCUAUAGUAGGGUCAUCCGCAUCCGUGCGUCCCUCUGGGCGCGGCCCGCAGUCUUCAGCCGGUAGAGGCAGAGGUGGGGGAGGAGCUUUUGGUGCAGGCGGUGCUCAGAAUCGCAUUUAUGCUUUAGCAGGUCGUCAAGACGUGGAAUCCUCACCAGACAUUAUGACAGAUACAUUGACAAUCUGUUCAUAUAACGUUUACGCGUUAAUAGAUCCGGGGUCCAAUUUGUCCUAUGUCACCCUACUUAUUGCGGGAAAAUUUGGUAUAGUGCUAGAAUUGUUGAAUGAGCCAUUUUCUGUGUCUACACCUGUGGGUGAACCUGCUAUCACUAGGAAAAUUUAUCGUGGUUGUUCUGUAGUUGUUUGUGGUCGUCAGACCAUAGCAGAUCUCAUAGAAUUGCAGAUGGUCGAUUUUGAUGUUAUUAUGGGAAUGGAUUGGUUAGCUUUUGUUUAUGCUAAUGUGGGGUGUUGGACGAAGACUGUCACGUUCCACGUCCCGGGAGAACCAGUUUUGUAA